AGAACCAUGUUUGUCUAUGUAUUUAUCUUAAUUUCUCAACAUCUUUGCUUCUCUCCCAAACAAUCCCCGUAAUCUUUUAGCGGUUAGCCUAAUAUACCCAAGGGAGAUUACUCUAAUUAUUUGUUCGUUUUUCAGCGCCAUAUUUGAAGUCAACAAACACGCAGAACUCCAAUGUAACCUAAAAUGAUAAUUUCCAGGAGCUAUGACAAUGACGCGGCGUUCAUCUAUCCUGAGUGAUAGCAACUCUGAUGUAAACAGCUUCUCUACAAUAGAGAAUGUGAGAGAGGGUGAAACCGACUGCACUUUUGACUCCGAGCUGAGUGAUGACUCCACCUCCACUGCACCAGCAACACACGUCCUCAAUGGUGUCACUGCCUAUGUCGAGGUGCGGACAUGUAAUGACAACCGGAGUCAUGCCAUCUCGGCCGCCCUUCGCCAGUUGGGGGCAGUUGUGGCUUCCAAGUUCACUGAUGAUGUCACGCAUGUUAUUUUCAAAGAGGGCUUGAAGAGAACCAGAGACAAGGCCGUCAAGAAGAACAUCCACCUUGUGUCCGUUCUCUGGGUUGACAGUUGCAGGAAGAAGGAAGAGCAUGUAUCGGAGAAGUUGUUUCCGGCCAUUGUGCCUGAGAGCUCCUCCACCCCAAUCCAGUUUCCUCGCUUCAAGAAAAUGAAGUCCAUGCAGCCAUCUGACUUCAACGAGGAUGUUGUCAGCAGUGCCGAGAGGUGUCAGAAGAGGAGGAAGCGGGUUGCAACCAUGCAGCGCUUCCAGAUCAUGGAGGAGACGCCCGAGUUCACGCUACCAGCCAUUCUUGUACAGGAAACACAACCCAGAUCUGUGUCUCCUAGCUACCAGGCCAGCGACAGUAGGUGGACCACGCCCGUGUCUCUCACCAUCCCGGACACUCCCCCCAGCAUGAGGGAAAAACUCAAGCAGCUGAAACUGGCCAAACUAAAUGGAACGACCUUCUCUCCCUUGGCUAGACCAACUGACGACACAGAGCCGCUCAUCAGGAAACUCUUCACAGCAGAAAGUCAAGGAGUGGAAGAGGAAGACCCACUCCCUGCUGCUCCAGCAUCUGAUAUCCCGGUGGAUGCUAGUCUGAAAAGUCGCAAGAAGAAGAAAUUACUUACAGAACCAGUCAGACCAUCUUCGUUUCUGAUGGAACCCACGCACUGCUCCACUGUAGUGAGACCAAGUCUAGUCUCCCCUGCCCUGAAUUCCGGGGUCCAGGGUCGGAAGAAACAACUGACUGGAGGAACUCGGGGGAGGGAGUCAGUGGAGGAGGCAGGGUCAGGACCUGUAAAGGGUGGUAGAGGGAGGUCACUGGAAGAUCCAGGGUCAGGCCCUGUGAAGGGAGAAAAAGGGAGGUCAGUGGAAGAGCCAGGGUCAGGCCCUGUAAAGGGAGGAAGAGGGAGGUCAGUGGAAGAGCCAGGGUCAGGACCUGUGAAGCGGGGAAAAGGGAGGUCAGUGGAAGAGCCAGGGUCAGGCCCUGUAAAGGGAGGAAGAGGGAGGUCACUGGAAGAGCCAGGGUCAGGACCUGUGAAGGGGGGCAGAAGGAGAACAAUGGAGGCGCCUUGGUCGGGGCCAUCACGCAGGAGACGGAAGCGGAAAGUGGAAGAGCAUAGUGACACAACAGAUACUGACAGACAGACGAAAAAGAAGACACGAUGCAAUGGGGAUCCGCACACGGCAGAGAAAGGGGUUCAGAGGCGGAGGUCUGUGAGGGGACGUGUGUCUAGUACUGCUACUAGUGAUGUGUGUAACUCGGACACCUCAAGAACUGACCACACCUUGUCCACACUCUGUGAGUCCGACAAAUCAAGGAUGUUGGGGGCAUCCAUGUCCGCCAUAUUUGAUAGCACGGCAGCCAUGACAGCAUUAGCUGCUCCUCGACCUAGCAUAGACGAGUUCUCUGUGUGUAAACCACGGUUUGGCAAGGGAAACGCAAACUCAGUGCCCACCAGUAUAUGUGAAAAUGACAAACGCAGUAGACAGAAACCAAAAUAUGUGGGAAAACCAAGACGAGGUCGUUUAUCAUUGUGUCAGUCAUCCAGUGAAAAUGGGGACGAUGAAGCUACAGAGACGAGUAUGAACGAUACCUCAGGUGUAAGCGACGGAGAUAAACCCACACAGAUAAAACUCAGGAGAGCAAAUUCAUUUGCUAACGACAAAUCAACCUGCCUGUCUACAUCCUCCCUGAUUAGUCGAAAUCGUCCGUCCAUUGUCAUGACCAGUUUACACACACAUGAGCAGGAGACAAUCAUCUCUGUUAUAAAGAACCUAGGGGGCUUCCUAAUGCAGGACGACGUCUGUGAGACAACCACCCAUGUCGUGUACGGGGAAUCCAGACGCACUCUCAACCUUCUGGCAGCCAUUGCUCGGGGCUGCUGGCUUCUCCACAAAGAGUGGGUAUUCAAGUCUGUGGAGGCGGGUCACUGGGUGGAUGAGGAACCGUAUGAAUGCUGCGCCAAGUUCCCACAGGCCAAGGUGGCCAGACAGGAACGUCAAUUCCAGGGAGACGAGUACAAACAGACUUUAUUCAGUAGCUGUGGACAGAUGUUUGUCAGCAGUAAAUGUGUGCCCUCUAGGGGCUCUCUGGUCAACCUCCUCACCCUGUGUGGGGGACAGGUGACGAAUUCUGUGUCUCGGUGCAGUGUGUACAUCGGUCCUGAGCCCUAUACUGGAAGGAAGAGCGUCAAGCCUGUGUGGAUACUGGAUUGUGUGAUGGAGCAGAAGCUGCUGCCCUACGACCAGUACCUCCUGCCUCCCACCAUCAAGCGAGAGAGCAGCCCGGAGUUCUGAACACACUACAACUACCUCACGAAGUACUCGACUAUAUUCCUGCUCAGGGAACAUCAGGUCAAUUUUAAAAUCACAUAGAGAAUUCAUUAUUCAGCUGCUAUAACUAUGCUUUGAGAUAAUAAGACUUAUCCUGGGAUUUCUCUUGCCAGGUAUGACCUGGUUGUGGCCUUGGUUCUACUGAUGAUCCCUGAAUUUGAUAUUUGAUGGUGAAUUUGGGAGGGUUUGUGGCCUACAUGAAUUGCUCAAAUUAACUGUUUGCCAUGUUCACCUUUGUUUAUUAAAACAAAACAAAUGACCUUGAUAUUCCUUUCACAUUAAGCCCUGCCCAGAUAUGACCAGAUUACUAGGGCUGCAACAAUUCACCCAGGCCUCGAUUUGAUUUCGUUUUCGAUAUUGGACCCUUGAUUUUAUCAUUUUCGAUUCAAUUCUUCAUACAAGUAAAAACAUUAGAUUUCAUUUAACUCUCAGAGUCUGCUUUUUUAGCGUGAAUUCCAUUGUCUACUUGGCGAUGUCUACUAACAACAAUUCUCAUUGGAUAAUUAGCCCGUCGUCAACCAAUCAUGUUUCGC